AGAGGAAGAAACCAUGUGAGGCCCUGAGGUUUUUAUGGCCCCAGAGCUCCUGAAGUGUGGUGUUUGUGGCGCUGGUGAGUCCUGGUGAAGUGGGUAUCCUUGUGGCCUGACAUUGAGUUUACUGUCUGGCGUUGAGUUUCAGAAUUUGCAAGACCGCCCCGGAAAAAUAGUGUGCAUGAUGGAGGUGAGAGACCUGGAUGUCGGUGAUCUCCUGGGGCUGCUGGAGAGUCCCCAGGAGGAGGUUGCCCAUGAGGUGCGGCUGCUGCUCAAAGAGACUUUCUCCACGGUGCGCGAGUCCUGGCUCAUCACGGGCAUUCUCGAGUACUUCUACAUCUCCAACAGUGGUCGCCUGCUUGACAUACUGUUGGGAGUCAGCGAGCCACAUGACCGUCAUCUGCUGGACAAGCUUAUGGAAGGUCUGAAGGGGCCCGACCGAUUCCGCCACACCUGCAUCCUUCUGUAUGCCGUCCGUCGUCAGCCUCCUCCCACCUGGUUGCAGAAAUUUAUUAACCAUGGGGCUAUGAGGGAGCUACUACGCGUGCUGGCCGGGGAGGUAGACGUCCCUGUUUUGGUGGGGGCGGUCAUGGUGAUAGUGAUCCUCCUGCCCAUCCUGCCACACGAGAUGGGUCAGCUGCACCUUGGUAGUAUCCUGGAUAUAUUCUGUCGCCUGGUGCGCUGGACACCCAAGCGAGACAUCGACGAAGCCUUCCAGCCCUUCUUGCAGGUUGCUGUGUACUCCCUUUUCCACCGAUUGUAUGCUUUGUACCCAUGCCACUUUCUAACCUGCCUGAGAACUAGUUUUUCAAAGCCAAAUUCCUCGGCAUGUUUCUUCACCACCCUCAAACCCAUGAUGGAGAAGGUACGCCUCCAUCCCCUCCUAAUAACCGAAACGAAGGACUCAGAGUUGACGAGAAACAGGUGGAAAGGGCUUGAAACUCACCAGCUUAUUCUUGAGUGUGCGAAGUUGUGUUUAGAUCCCGUGGAGUCGACUUGUGAAGAUAUUUGUGGCUCGUUUUUUGUUCUGAGCAUGAAUAGCGAGUCGACGUUUGAUGCCCUGCCCAUUCCAACUAACUGGCUUCUUUAUGCAGCUGAAAAUAACUUCUGGUCACCUAGUUUGGCACUCUCCUCGCCAGGCAGCCACAGCCACUCCACAACGCCUCGGGGUUCCUCCUCCUCAGUACCUCACACGCCAGUAUUCCCAAUAAGUGCUCCCAGUCUGAAGCCCAUGGGGAGAGUGGCAGAAUCUCCCCCUGAGGCAGCCAUAGAGGCCACUCCAGAGACCACUCCUUUCACGUCACCAAUUAAGUUGGACACCAGCAACGUUGUAGGGCGGAGACCCAAUACUGCAGUGUGUGCCUUAACUCUCAACACAGCUGUAGGAAAAGACAAUGCAAGUAACCUCACAGCGGAUGUAGAAGCUUGCUCGAGUCCGUUGUCUCCAGCAAGGAAAGAGCAGUCUCCUUUCAAGUUUCCCGAUGAUCAUUACCAGAACAUAUUUUCCAGAGCUGAGCGUUCAUCCCUCAUCAACAGCAAAUUGCAGGAGAUCCUUAAAGAGAGGAAACAGAUUCAGAAGGAAAGCGUUCAGACGAGUGAGAGUAAAGUUGAGGUGCCUGAGGCCAAGGAGGGACCAUGUAAAGAUGUCAGAGAUGGAAAAGAGAGGGAGAAAAGUAUAAUCAUACCCAAAAAGACUGUAGCAGAAAAGCAGUCCAUCAGUGUCCAUUUUGUCGAAAGUGAAGCGAGUACAAAAGAAAGUGAUAUCCAAGUGCCUCAUGUAGAUCAAGGGUAUAGAAGGCGUAAAAUGUCAAUGUAUGAUUGUAAAGUUGACCUUGGACAGCUUGGAAUUCCUACAGAAAAAGUGUCCAAUGGUAACGACCUAGAUUUUAUGCAGAGUAACGACCAAGACCUUGAAACGGAAAGUGAAGACGGAAACUGCAGACCUUUCUCUAUUCUUGACUGCAGAAUAUCAGAAGAAAAAGAAUCCAAUGGCAGUGAAAGCAGAAGGUCCUCUGAUGAGAAUCAAAACGAGCCGUGCAAUGAAGAAUGUGAAGAGACGGAAACAACCCUCGGACUGGGCGUUCCAAACCAGAGAUCGAUGACGGAUUUAGUCAAGAAUAUGAAGACAAUGAGGUUAAGGUUCCUGAGCCAGUGUGGUCCACCGCCUGAUCUGUCGCAUUACAACAUGGUGGGCACAGCUCGCAUGACAGUUUCUCCCACCAAGCCCGGCAGCAUGCCACUGAACAGCUUACACACUAGUUCAUCUUGCCCAGAUUUAACUGCAGACAGCAGUUCCCAAACAACCAGUGUUACUGACAGUCGAGUCAGGAAAGAAUCUGCCAUUUCCGGCCUUACGCUUUCUCCCAUAAGGCAAGCAGUGGUGACAAGUGAAGCAACAACACAGACUGAAGAAAUUACUGUUGUUAAUCCCUAUGAGCAGCUCCUAGAUGCUCUGUUGUCAGGUCCCACAGGCAAACGGAAAAUGUCUGACAGCACAACGAAUGAGAUCAACAUGUCCAGCAAGUCUCCUCAUGAGCUCCUGGAUCAAUAUUUGCACUUCUCAUCUAAAACUGGAAGUGAAGGACGUAAUAUUCUGUGGCAGCAAACGAGUCAUUUAGGAUUCCCGUAUGAAGGGCUUAAAAACCAUGUUCGCCUGCUGCAGGUUCUGCUGCUCAUAGAGAGGUACAAGCGUGAGGUGCACGCUGAGCGGAACCGCAGACUUCUGGGGCGAGCCAAGAAGAUGUACGCACUGGAGGAGCAGUACCAAGGAUUGCAAGCCAAAGUUUCCCACCUGGAAAAUGAGGUUGCUCACCUGAAGAGGGAGUUGACAAAUGUGCAGAUGAAUGCCUCCUCAAAAGAACAGCAGCUCCAGUCGGCCCUGGCCCAGCAAGAAGCAAGAAUAAGCCAACUUCUUCUUGAGCGGGAUAAUUCGCAAGAAGACAGAGACGUGCUCAGGAAGCAGUGUUGUUUAUUAACUGAUGAAAAUUCAAAAUUGACUUCUGAAAUACAAGGUGUCCAAGCCACCUUGUUUGAUAAAGACAGACAGUUAACUUUCCAAGCCCGCAUGUCGGAAGAUAAUGGAAUACUGCGCACCCAAAUGGACGAGUUACACAAGCAGAUAUGCCUAAUGGGUGAAGUUCAGGAUCAAUACAAGCAGGAAAUAACACGCCUGAAGCUCACCGGGGGCCCGUCGGUGAAGGUCGGACUAGAAUUAGAACGUGUGUCAGCCCAGCAACAGAUAGAAAGCCUCGAGGAGCAAUGCCGUAUUACUGCUGCUGGUCGAGAUGCUGCUCUUAGUCGUGUGGCGGAGUUAGGAGUUCUGUAUGAAGAAAAGUGUAAACAAGUCGAACAAGAGCAAGCCGCAGUGAAAGCAGCAAGAGACGCCGGGGCUGAGCAGUGCCGAGCCGUAGAGUUGCGCUGCCAAGCAUUAUCCUCCACCAAUCAAACGUUAGAAAGUGCCAUUUUAGAGCAGCAUGAUAAGAACGAUAGAUUAGUUAGGCAAAUAAGGAGAUCACAGAGAGGAAAAUCAGUCUGUAGCGAUGGCUUUGAUAUCGACUGUGAACUGUCUGCCUCUCCUGGUGCUGGCGGUGACCGUGUUGGGAUCGCCUUGCCGGAAGGGCCCAUGCACACCCUGGGGCCACUCCUUUCCCGGCAGCCAGUGAUUCUUAAUAAACUUGAUGCUCUUGCUGAACCCGAAACAGAGCCAGAAGGACCCUUGCGCAGAAAAACGUAAAAUGCUUUGUAAAAAAUAGAAGUUAUUAUCGCCAUUGCCUUGGAGUCGGUGAUGUUGGAGGCCCAGGGACGGUAUCUGGCUGGUAUCUUCUCCACGUGAUAGCUGGUGGUCAGCAUCCCAAACUCCUUCCUCUUUAUUGAUCGGCAGAUGUUGCGCCGACUAAACGAAACUUUCCAACUUUUCCUUAUUGAUUGGUCUUGCCUUGAACGCACGUGACUCCUCAAACUCCUGCAUCGUUACACCUAGAGAGUGGCGGGAACAACUGGUGGCCAGGUUGAGGGUGCAGGUAUGGGGCAUUAUCACCCUGCCCAGCUUCUUGUUACUGCUGCUCUCUUGUGACUACUCUGCCCAUCCUUUUUGUCCUGAAUUCCUCGUGCAUCCCAAGAAAGAGAGGUGGAGGUUGACCUUUGCCACAAACUUCUGGGAUCCCUCACCCUGCUGCUGUUACUGAUGAUGAUUUUGAGAGUCAGGCUGUGGAAUGGUUGGACCUUUGUUUGCUGUCCCUGCCAAGUCCUUGUUCAGUGAAGUGGAAGAGGACAGAUGCUUGAUAGAUCCUUGCAAAAUCCACCUUUGCCUCCACUUCCUCCCUUUUUGCAAUUUCCUUCCCUUUCAGUCUUCAGUUUGUGGCAAAGUUAAAUUUGUGGGACUUUUUGAGGCCUGACCUGAGGUGGCGUUGAGGGACUGGUAUGGGCAGGUAGGGGGCAGAGUGUGGAUGUGCCUCCAGGGUGGUUCCUAAGCCAUUGGUCUGCUGCACAGUGGAAUUCCUGCACCUUAGUUGGCUUCAGAGGCUUGGUUGAUGUGCGGGUCUCCUUGUGUUUGUUGUAUUGAUUUUCUGGCGGAAUAUUGCCACUGGGUUAGGGCUGGUCUAUCUUGAGGAGGAGUGCCAGGGGACUCGCGCCAGAUUGCAUAAUCCUGCUAAGGCACUUUGUACCAAGGGCAUCAACACACUUCUCCAAGUCACUAUUUAGUGUCCAUGUCUUGCACCCAUACAGUAAGACAGGGAGCACAAGCGACUUUAAACCUUUGUCCACCUGCAUAGAUAUCGACAAUGCCAUAUACUGGUAUUGAGCGAGUCGAUAACACUGUGGGCCAAGCCAAUUCAAGUGACUUCCUGAUAAGACCCACCAUCGUUAUGCACUAUGCUACUGAGGUGUGUGAAACUUUUGGUGACCUUGACAUCCUCACCACAUGCAUGAACCGACUGAACUGUGUCAUCCAGGAAACCUCUUUGUUUUCAGCAACAUUGGCAUUGUCUUGGCCUACAGUGUUGUGGACUAGCUCAGAAUGAGUAUAUGGCAUUUAACGUGGAUAUGCUGUUCCAUCAGUUAUCCAAUGGUGGUGUGAUCUUAAAACUGUAUUGAGCGUCUUGGCAUUUGCUAUCGUGGCAUUGGAUUUUCAGCAGUACGAAUAUGCUGAUUAAAAGUGUUAUGAAUAUUUUGCAAUUUUUAGAAGUUGUGUGUGACUGUGCUGCUAUUACUGUCAGGUGAGAGGGCACAAAGCUGUGUCAACACCAGGUAGACACGUACUUCCCAUAAGACUAAUACUUUCCUCGCAUUUGUCAUUUUUUAAUAUUUUAAUUUUUAUUAUUUUAGGACAUCACUUGAAAUUGUAAUCAUUCAUUCAAAACUCAGUCCAAGGCUACAUGAUGACUGCUUCAGUCAAUAAAUGUUUUUCUUCAUAUAAGUUUAUGGAAAAGUUUGCUCAAUUUACAUGAAAUGUUUCAUUCUAGUAAAAUGCUGAUGUAAUCACUUGGUUGUUUGUUAUUGUAACUUAUUUGGAUGGUGUUCGGAAACCCUCCAGUGUUACAAAAUUUCAUGUGUUGAAAUGAUCUACAAUAGAUCUUGUAUUAGAGACAUUAAGUUAGUUAGAUUGUUAUUAAUGACUAAAGGAUUUUAUUUUCAAGUGGGAACAGAGUAUUCUUAGGAUUUUGAAAACUUAUAAGGAAUGUUCAGUUUGUUGUGAAUUUGUGUUUUAUCCUCGUUUUAUCCGCCCCGGCUUCCCAGUGUUAUAAGCCAGUCAUUAUUAUUAUAUUUAUUCUCAUUCAAAGUUGACAAGCACUGCAUUAUUACGGCAGCAGUACUGUAAGAGCAACCAUAUUUUUCUGUGUUUGUUCCAGCCAGAAGUCUUGCUUUGUGAUACCGUAGAACAACAGUCAGAUAUUUCAUGAGAAGUUUAUUGCAAAGAAAUCUAUAAAGAGUGUAAGUAUUUGUACCAGGGAAUCCAUCAUUAAAUACACAGACUUUACAUUAGGAAGGUGUGUGGUGGUUUGCCUGGGUGCUAGUCAUGACCCGUGGGAUGAAGUGUCUAUACCAGUCAUGUUGAUAGUUCGGGUCUUGGGGAGUUUGAACACAUUAGGUAAAAUUUCAUUGAACAAGUUUUAAGUGUUGGGUGAUGGUUAACAAAAAACUAUGCCAAGCUUGAGAGGAAAUGAAAAAGACCAAAAAGCUGGGGAACCAUAGGAUUUGUAUAUUUUUUUCUUAUGUAAUUACAAGUUUGUUAUUUUGUAUGGUUAUUUACAUGAAAAUUUGAUGUUUCUCCAUGUUUUUUUUAUUUUUAUUUAUUUAACUCGGAGUAAACUUGAGGGAAGUUUGUGAUACUAAAAGUUCAAAUUACUGCAAGUGAUUGGAGUAAUGGUGGUUGUCAAGCACAGAAAGCCAAACAUGUAUGCUUGCAGCUCCUCUAAAAUGCAAAGCAAGAUAUUCAAGUCUAUUUUGAGUACUGAGUGUUUGUCUGUAUAUGGAAGGACAGUUGACACAAACAAUAAUUGCAGUUCGGUCAAAUCUACAGUGCAUACUUCAUAUCUGUGCUUGUCGUACUGAAGUUACUUGGUUGCUUGAAGAAAUACAUUAAUUUUGUAUCAUCAAAAUAAUUUUUCACAUUAUUGUACAAUUGUGUAUGUGGCUGAUACUAUUUGUUUCACACAAACAUAUCUUUAAAAGAGAACAUUGAUAAUAUUGGGAUUUUUAUAUCCUACUGAAGUGAUAGAGGAAGUGCAACUGUGCAUGCUUGCAAACAUUGUUUGGGAACUUAAUUUUUUGUUGUUCUAUAUAUUAAAAGCCAAAUAAAUGUGAAUAACAUUU